AGAGGGUCGGGCCCCGGGGCCGAGUGGACGUAAGACCGGGCACCGGGCCGCCUUGCCCGCGGCUACCCGGAGCUGCACCCCCGGGGUGCUGGGAGGGCCGGCGGGGCAGCCGGGCCCCUCGCUCACCUCUCCCGCUCUGGGCGAUCUAAGCACCGUCCUUUGGCGGAGCGCUCCGCCGGGGUGUCCCCAGCUCGGGUGUGGGCUGCCUUGUCGGCCGGGGGUUGUAACGCGCCCUUCCUCGCAGCUGCUCGGCCCCCGCCCCGCAUCAUGAAUCGCAGCCGCACUAGCAGCACCUCCGAAAAGGCGACACUGGCCUUGCUCUGGGGCUGUGAGCUGAGCCAGGAGAAGCCGACUUGGACCUUCAGACCCCAGAAGGUGGGGAAGCAGGACUGUAUGCUGUUGCUUAGUACGAUUUGCCUGGGGGAGAAAGCCAAAGAGGAGAUGAACCUCGUGGAGAUCCUGCCCCCAGCAAGCCAGGACGACAGAAGGAGGAAGCCCAUCACCCUGGCCUCUCUUCGGGCCUCCGUCCUCCCCAUGGUCGUCCUGGCGGGAUUGGAGCUUUCUCCUCCUGUCACGUUCCAGCUCCGGGCUGGCUCUGGACCCGUGUUCCUCUGUGGCCAGGAAUGUUAUGACCAAUCCUGGGAGGAAGAGGAGGGGGAGGAGGAGGACCUGGAGGAGGAGGAGGAAGAAGAGGAGGAAGAGGAAGAAGAUGAUGAUGACGAAGACAUAGAUGUGUCCCUGGAGAAGGAGACCCCUGUCAAACAAGUCAAGAGGCUGGCACCCCAGAAGCACACAAGCGUUGCCAAGAAAAAAAAGGUGGAAAAAGAGGAGGUGGCAGUGAGAUACCAUCCUAAAGACAGGAGCCCUGUGGGAAAGGCCAAAACCACACCCAGACCUAAAAAGCCAGGAUUCAAGAGAUGAGGAGCCAGGAGUGGCCUGGCCGCAGUGACCGAGGGAGGGCCCGUGAGACCACCGUGCUGAGUCUGAAUGUGAUGGACGUGUUGGGGGCGAGACAAGAGCUCCUCACCCCAGCUCUCGGUUGCAGCAGGACCUGGAGGGAAGAGCCCCGACCUCAGACCCACAAUAAAGUUUGCUUU